CACGCUCCGCCCCUCGCACCGGAAGAGGAUACCCAUUGGCUAAAGGCAAUUCUCCGGAUUUCCAGGGCAUGGGGGUGGUUGAGUCGGAGGCUGCAGCUUCGCGUACUGGUUAGGUGUGUUCCUAGCUAAGUUCCGUAGAGCGGCCAGCGGCAGAGGAGGAUUGGAUAGACAGCGUGGAGCGGAAGAGCUGAUCCCCGGACACAGUGUGAGAGAGAUACGGAAUUGUCAACAUGAGCCUGCGGAAACAAACCCCGAGUGACUUUUUAAAACAAAUUAUUGGACGGCCUGUCGUGGUAAAGCUUAAUUCUGGAGUGGACUAUCGAGGUGUCUUGGCAUGUUUAGAUGGGUACAUGAACAUUGCAUUAGAACAGACUGAAGAAUAUGUCAAUGGACAGCUGAAGAACAAAUACGGAGAUGCAUUUAUCCGUGGAAAUAAUGGUGGAGCAUGACGGAGAUGUCUCAGUAGAAAACCUUUGGCUCUCUCCUAGAAAACGGGGACGCCGCGCUCCCAUUUCAAGCAAUGUAACCCUCCCUCCGCCCCCUCCUCGCCCCAUCAACGCCUCUGCCUGUUAACCAAGCAACGUAAGAGGGGAACUACGGGCGAUAAUGCAAGGUCCUUACUGCGCAUACGUAGAACAGACUUUGCACAGCCAUAGAUUGCUGAUAAUCUGGAAUAUGCGUACCUCCUCUCUACUGCAAUCAACUAGAGAACCGUCCCUUAGCCCCAUUACUUUGCUUUUUGGUCUUGGAGACCUGCUGGUGCCAUUGGUCACAAUAAAGUACUUUUUUUGUCAA